AUGACAUGGGGUGUAGGCCCCAACUCCAUCAACUGGGCAGUCAUCGCCGCCAUGGCUCUAGCCAUCUCGGCCAUCUGGGUCUGCAACUAUAAAAUUAUGGCAUUCGUGUCUACUGAACGGGGAGGUCCACCCUGUGCUGAGGUGGAAGAUGAUGAGAAUGCUUUAUUUCAUAGUCCUUUAAAGAUCUCAUCUGAGUCGUCCAGUUUAUCUCCACCUAGUCCAACCAGUCCAAUACGGGUGGCAAGCCCAAUUAGGGUGGCUUUCCCACCUAAACAUGAUUCAUCUCCACCUACUCCUAGUAGUCCGGUCAAGGUACCAAGUCCAAUCAGGGUGGCAAGCCCAUCUAAACAUCAUUCAUCUCCACCUACUCCAACUAGUCCAGUUAGUGUGACAAGCCCAACAAAUCCUGAUUCAUCUGCACAUACUCCGUCUGAAUUAAAUCCAAUAACAGAUGAAACAAACCUGAAGAUCUUAAAUCAAGCAAUAUACAAGCUUUUUACCAAGGACAAUUUUACGAAGAAGAAGCUAGCUUCGGUGGAAGCAACAAAUAGUUUACUUGAAAAACAUGUAGUGAUUUUGGAACAAACUGUUUUUGAUUUGAAAGAGGAGAUUUUUGAUUUGAAAGAGGAGAUAAGGAAAAAAAAUAGUUUUAUAUUGAAGUUCUUACAAGAUCAGUUUCCUUCUUAUUUUAAAACUUACAAGAAUGAAAUGUCUGUUGAAUCUUCUUCAUUUGCUACUGAAUCUGAAAAAAUUGUGUAUAAGGAUGCCAUCUUGAGUAAGGAUAAUGAAUUUGAUCCAUCCUUACAAACCGACAUAGCAAGAAGAGUUCAGCUGAGAAAUGAUAAGAAGAGGAAACUUGUAUCUACAUCUUUUACAACCAGUGUUAGGAAGAAAAAAAUUAUACAAAAUUUGUCAUCCAAAGAGAAGUUCAGUGAGUCAAUUCCAAAUGAUGCUCCUACAGUAGCACUUGAACUUGCUCCUACUCCUACACCAGCUCCUGCAAUUAAACUUGAUCCUGCUCUUGCACCACUUCCUGCAACUGAACUUGCUCAAGAUUAUGAACAAGCUCCUACACCUGCAGUUGCUCCUCCACCUAAUCCUGAGCCUGGACCUGCUCUAGUACCUGCUCCUGAACCUGCUCAUGAACAUGCUCCUGCAUCUAUGGAUGAAUCAACCACAGAUUAUGAUAAAGCUAUGAUUGUUUAUGAAGUUAAUGACUCAAAAUAA